GCUCAGUCACACAGUUCAGAUAGGAGAAGAAACACAGCCGGCAGAAAUUUCAGACAGUAUUGCUUAACGGAGAAAUCAUCCCUCUGGAAAUUGAUAUGAAAACAAAGAUAAUUUGAUUUUCAGUACUCCUCAUUAAUGCGGAAUUUUCGUUCUCACGAGAAUAUAAAAAAUACAAUAUUGGAUUCUCUUCAGAAUACAUCCGAUUAGAAAUUCAGCAGAGCAGCAGUGAUCAGGAUGGAAUUACAGUGCAGAGAGAAACCCUGCAGAUUCAGAUGGCAAGUACUGUUCCCCUUGUUAUUCUUUUUGUUCUGCGGUGCGGUCUCAGAGCAGGUCUAUUAUUCAAUUCCUGAAGAAAUGGGAAAGGGGUCUCUUGUGAGGAAUCUUGCUAAAGAUCUGGGGCUGAAUGCCAAAGAACUGCAACACAGGAAAUUGCGAGUUGUCUCUACGGCAAAAAAAAAAAUAGUAUUUUAGAAUCAGUACAGAAAAUGGUAAUUUAUAUGUAAACGACAGAAUAGACCGAGAGGAAAUGUGUGGGAAAACAUUGCUUUGUAUCCUAAAUUUAGAAGCCGUGGUUGAAAACCCAUUAAAUAUUUUUCAUGUGAAUGUCGCAAUCAAGGAUAUAAAUGAUAAUGCACCCGGCUUCGGCAAAAAUUCUGUUGAUGUAGAAAUAAGUGAGUCCACCUUGGCAGGAGCAACAUUCCCGCUAGGAAAUGCUCUGGAUUUGGAUGUUGGGAGUAAUUCGCUACAGAGUUAGGAGCUCAGCUCCAACCAGUAUUUCAUCUUGGCAGAGCAAGAAAACAAGGACGGAAAUAAAUACCCCGAGUUAGAGUUGGAAAAACUUUUAAAUCGUGAAAAGCAAAGUUCCCACCUCUUGAUCCUGACAGCUGUGGAUGGGGGAGAUCCAGUGAGAACUGGGACGGUUCAGAUUAGGAUUAAUGUUACUGACGCCAAUGACAAUCCCCCCACAUUCACUGAAAAAGUGUACAAAAUCGGACUGCGGGAAAAUCUACCAAGGGGCUCGUUAGUUCUUCAAGUGAAAGCCACUGAUAUGGAUGAAGGUCUCAAUGCACAAAUCACAUAUUCUUUCAGCAACAUACCAGAGAGUGUUCGUAAAUUAUUCUCACUGGAUCUCGGAAACGGAAGCAUUACAACCAGAGGUGUUAUUGAUUAUGAAGAGGCAAAUAGUUAUAUACUUAGUGUGGAAGCCAAAGAUGGAGGAGGACUGGUUGGUCAUAGCAAAAUUGAAGUCGAUAUUACAGAUGAAAAUGACAAUUCCCCCCAGCUGACACUUAUUUCUGGGUCCAGUCCCAUUCCCGAAGAUUCUCUGCCUGGGACAGUGAUAGCCCUGAUGAAUGCAUACGAUAAGGAUGCUGGAGAAAAUGGCAAGAUCAACUGUCGCACUAAAGAGGAAUCUCCUUUUAAAAUAAUCUCGUCUUCUAAAAAUUACUAUAAACUCCUCACAGACAGCACCCUGGACAGGGAAAGGAGCCGGGAGUACAAUAUCACAAUCACAGCCACAGACAAAGGCUCUCCCCCCCCCACCCAGAAAACCAUCCUGUUACAAAUCUCGGAUAUCAAUGACAACGCUCCUGUCUUUGAGAAACCUUCCUACACCGCCUAUGUGCCAGAUAACAAUCCCUCGGGGGCCUCUAUUUUCAGAGUAAAAGCCUCAGACCGGGAUCUGGACCGGAACGCCCGAGUCACUUAUUCCAUCCUGAGCAGCAGCCUCCAGGAGCUGCCUCUCUCCUCCUACAUCUCCAUUAACUCCCAGACCGGAGCGAUCUAUGCGCAGCGCGCCUUCGACUACGAGCAAUUCCGGGAGUUUGAGAUGCAAGUGAAGGCCCAAGACAGCGGGUCCCCGCCUCUCAGCAGCAAUGUCACCGUCAGGGUGUUUAUUGUGGAUGAGAAUGAUAACGCCCCUCGCAUCCUGUACCCUUCCGUCGGAGCCGAUGGCUCCGCCUUGUUCGAGAUGGUGCCUCGCUCGGCCGAGGCAGGUUAUCUGGUGACUAAGGUGGUGGCGGUGGAUGCUGACUCAGGACACAAUGCCUGGCUCUCCUACGAGCUGCUCCAGGCCACGGACCCGGCGCUCUUCAGCAUGGGGCUGCAGAGCGGGGAGAUCCGGACAGCCCGCGCCUUUGCGGACAGAGAUGCCGUGAAGCACAGGCUGGUCACCCUGGUGAAGGACAACGGACAGCCGCCUCUGUCCGCCACAGUGACUCUCAACCUGGUGUUUGCGGAGAACUUCCAAGAGGCUCUUCCGGAAAUGAGCGACCUAUCGGGUGACUCGGCAUCUCAGUCUGAUUUACCGUUUUACUUGGUGUUGGCUUUAGCCUUCAUCUCAUUUUUGUUCCUUCUUACAGUUAAACUGGCCAUUCUGGUGAAUUGCGAAGAUCAAGGAAUCUCCCAGUUUUGCAAUGUUUCGGUUGUGAUCAUUACUCCAAGGUGGGUCCUGGAUUCCCACCAAACUACUGCGAUGGGAUUUUACCAUAUAGCUAUAAUCUGUGUUUAGCCGCA